AUAAUUUAAAAGAACGUCCAUCUGAUGAAGAUCUUCAUAACAUAUGGAAUCAUGUUUUGGGUAUAUGUAAAGAAGGAUUUCAAGAUAUGAUAAAAGAAUUAGCUCUUUAUAUAGAAGAUUAUUUACUUACAUAUGAAUAUCAACGCUAUCAUCAUUUUCCAGGUAGGAAACCUAUAAGUGUAGGAACUAAAUACCGUACAUGGAAAAAAUCAAUGCAUGAUAUUGGAGUUGCACUAUCAUCUACAGAUGUUGAAAAUACACUUAAGUUUUUUAGUUUAAUUAAAGAUGGAGCAACAAUUGAUGAAAUGAAAAACUUUAUUUAUUCAUUUGUAGAUUAUUACAGUACAUUAAAAAUUGAUUUAUUUAAUAAACAAAUGGACAUAUUUACAGAAAGGAUGAAUAAUACCAAAAGAUUAACUAUUUAG